UGUCAAGGGUGAUUUUGAGUCAUUGGAAGUUCUGUCUGCAAUUGACGACCAGCAGAAUAGACGACAUAAGGAACGUAUCCAGUCCAAGCUUGAGGUCAUAAAUAAACGUGUACGCAAGACGCUUGAAGAUUUUGGUAUGGAUGGCGAGAGUGAAGAGGAAGAUGAUCCGUUAAGAUUGCCUGCGAUUAAAAGAUUUGAUUCCCAUUCGGAGCGGAAAAAGAAGAUAGAGGAAAGGAAUAAAGCAAUAGAUCGUAUUGAAGCGUUUGAGGAGAAGGCCGUUCUUAGGAAGCAGUAUUUGACAGAAGUAAUGAUUUGGUUCGAGGAAAAUGUUAACAUGUGUGCCAAUAUGGUGACACCAGAAGAGAUGUCGGAAAUGAUUAGGACCUCAUCUCAGCUACAUAAUGUGAUCAGCAAGUCGUUAGAUGAUUUUAUAACAGCUGGGGAUCUUGUGGUAAAGAAAGGUAAAUUAUUGCUGGAGGAAACUAGCAAGAUCAUAGCGGAGUAAGUAUAUAUUCAAACUUUUCAUAUGGUUUGUAA